AUGCGCCACUACUCCGAGCACCUCAACGGUGCUACCAGUGCAGAGGAGGACGGCGCAUGCAGCGAGACGAACGACAGUGCCGGGACCCCAUCCCUUGGCCGUGUCGCCAACCCCACAACGCUACAAGCCUCCGUGUAUGAUACCCGCCAACGCAAUACGGCGCCACGGCACCGCAACGCGUUUCUGGAAGACAUCUCUAACGGGCCGAAGUACGAUGUCAACACCGCCCGCAACCGCGCCAGGGUCUAUUCGUGCAGCAGCAGCAGCAGCAGCGCUGCCACAUACGACAGCGACGUUGAGGGAAGUGGCGCGCCCUCCCCUCGGGACGACACGGACACGCGUGCAGGGAAGGUGUGCCUGUUGAAUCCUCAACAGACUUCGCUUUUUCGAGCCCCUCGUGGUGCGACGGCGGCACGCUACCCGCCCGAACAAGGGGCGAUGGCGGACAGCUCGUGGCUCACUACGACCGCGACGACGUCUUCGCCGACCACCUUGCAGAAGUCGUCACUAGUGCCGUCUGGCGCGACGCAGGAAGUGGAUCAGCAACGCGAGAACAGUGCACAAGCGUGCUUCCGCGAGGCGCUGCGGCACGCCUACCAAUGCGAGGACGCACACAGGCUGCGGCGGCGUGCACAGCUGGACAAGCAGCAGGAACAGCUCUUACGCGGCGUCGAGCUUCUUCAGGGUGCGUCGCUCUCCUCGAGUGCUGCGCUUCUUCCUGAGCUGCAGCCCUCGCGUGGGCGUGACGGUCGCCGUAGUGCUGCCUUGGUCAGGUCCCCUAUCUCGCUCCAGCAACCGCAACCGCAACUCGGUGCGUCACCUCUAUCGCUGCUCGCGACGUCUGUCGAGGCGGCUGUGGAGACAGGCACCAAGACGACCGCGCAACAAGGCCGCGCCCGCGACCCCUCAACGUCUUUGGCAGCCGAAGCAUGCUUGUCUUCGUCAUCGAAAGUAGCGGCAAGGCCACAGAUGAGUGGCAUCGCCAAACGCCUUCUCCAGGUCAUGUCCCCGACCCAGGCGCAGAGGCUUCGCAGGCCGCUGAACCCCUUCAUCGAGGCACUUCUUCGCCAUUACCAGGACGCGCAGCUGAAGCAACGCGCUGCGCGGCACGCAGAAGACCAGGCCAUCCACGCCAGGCGCACGUACGAGCUACCUGUGCUCACAGAGGACGUUGUCCGCUACGCCGCGUUGCUUCUCUGCUUGCGCCGUCGCAGAAGCGGCGGCGGCGGCACGGCAGUAACGCGUGCAGCAAGCGCAGGGGGGUCUGGUAUAUCGCAGUCAGGCCCAGCCAGCAAAGAGCCCAGCAGCUCAGCCUCGAAUGCGGAGCCACAACCGCCCCCGACCCUGACGGCUGCUGAGCCCGCUGCUGCGCUUCCGUUUGGGGAGGAAGGCACAUUAUUAUACCUCAAGUACCCUCCCCCGCUGCUGCGCACGACGUCUUUUGCGGUGGAGACGGUGCGACUGCUGAAGUGGCUGCGCACAUGGAAGAAGAGCGGCCCUAGCGUAGCAGGUGAGACGGGAGGUGUCGUUGGUGGUGGUAGCAGUGCUAGCGUUGACGGCGUGAGCGAGGGCGGCAGCAGCAGCAGGAGGAGUCGGAGCAGGAUCGGUCGCAAGCGCGUGCGAACAGACGUGGUCAAGCUCAACAGUCGCCACGACAACGUCGACAGCGGCGAUGACGACGGAGGAGUGGUGGUAGUAGCCAGUCCGACCCCAGCGCCUCACGGAGCAGCCAGCAGCAGCGCCACUCCCGAAGCACCUCCGCCCAACCGAUCGACUGUGGAGCGUGUUAGUCAGCAGGCGCAGCACGCCGUUGAGCUUCAAGAGGCGCAGGUGAAGCAAGAGAGGCGCUCCGCCUUUCUCAAGUUCUUUGGAGCGGCGGCAGCAACCCCGCCGUCCACGAACGGUGCCAAGUCGAGUGCGAAGGCGGCGCAGGACCACGACGAUGGCAACGACGCUGCUAAGGAAGUCGUGGCGCAAAAGCCGGUCUCCUGUUUGCCCAUAAGCGAGUCCGCUGACAGCAACACAGGGAUGCGCGAUACUGCCGCCAUCUCUGUCGGCGCCAUGCACGGCAUCACGUCCUUCGUGACACCCUUCUCCCCACCUUCGGGCCAGACACAGCUGAACCCGUCGACACUGGCGCUGGCAUCGCACGCCUAUCAGCUCUACUGCCACGCGUGGAAGCAUGUCGUCAAAACCGGUAUCACACCCUUGGUCAUUGCGGCCAACGCCUUCUGCGGCCCCAAAGCAGUCACGGGGCAAUCUCGGCUAAGCAACGGUCACGACAACAACGGUGGCACCGCUGCCACCAGCGACAAAGGCACGAGUUGGACCGAUGGCGCCGUCCCUCGUGUCUGUGCUGGGCUGCCUUUCUUCAAGGAGAUGCGCGAGGAGGCGCGGCGCACGGCUCUGGGCUCUGCAAACAACGGUACCUACUACGUGGAUGCCUUUGGCAACCGUCUGCGCAGCGCGCGGCUCGCCAAGAAGGAGCAGGAGCAGCAGGAGCUGCUGGUGGCGCGGCAGCGGCGGCGUGCGAAGAAGAAGGGCUACUUUCAUCGCGACGACGACAACGACGGUCGCCUCUGCGGCAGGGCAGCUGGCAGCGGGGCCUCGGCCAUGCUGGAGUCGAUACUGCGAUCAUCCACGACGUGUGGCAGCGAAGGGAAAGGCGCUGGGCACGGCAAGAAGCGUCGGAGCUGCAGCGGCGACGCCUCCAGCGACGACGCCAGUGAGGGCGAAGGCGUGAUGCAACACACACAGCCUCGCGGCAGCAGCCGAUGUGCAGCCGCCCGUCGUGCUCGCCAACAUCACUCACGCGCAUCCUCGUCGUGCUCCUCGUCCUCAAAGUCCAGCUCGCCUAGCAGCACCAGCACCAGCAGCACUGCAUCGGUGGUAUCAGCGGAAAGCGACCAAGAUGAGGCAGGGGCGAAGGACGAACUGACAAACAUCGCUGUCGUCUCUGGUCCGACAGGCUCUGGCAAAACCGCCGCCGUGUACGUGGCCGCACAGCUACUCGGCUUCCACGUAGUGGAGAUGAAUGCGUCGGUGCGGCGCUGCUCAAAGACGGUGGAGCAUCUGCUUGCGGAGCUCACGCGCAGCUACCGCCUUAGCGGCCUACGGCCCGGCACAACAGGAGGCUUUAAUGCAGAGGAAGAGCUGGCGAAGUUGAAGCAGCAGCACGCCGUCAUGGUGGAGCGGGCCAGGGCUGAGGCAGAGGCCGCCGAAAGUAAAGCGGAGCUCAAGAGGCGCGAGGCGCUCAAGGCGAACGGCAUCUCACCCCAGGCAGUCGCAAACUUUUUCGCCAAGGGCAGCGGCCACGCAGCAGUGCCGACCAGCAAGACGGCCAAAGGUGUCAAGGGAAAGGACGCAGCCAAGCAGGUCUCGGAUGUGGAUAUAGUGGGCGAGGCGCCUGCCCCCGCCGCUGUUGCGACCCAGUCGUCGCCACCGCCGGCCGCCACAGCCCUAGGGACUCCUGUCGACGCCGGCACCUUGCUUCUCUUCGAGGACGCCGAUGUUCUCCUCGGCGAUGAGUCUGCCAAGCCGUUUUACGCCGCAAUCCGCGACCUCGCACACCGCAGCAAGGUGCCCAUCGUUGUAACCGUCUCUUCCGACCCAGCCGCUGCACAGCGCUACGACACCGAACCCUUCCUAGCCCUCUUAGACGGGCAGCUGCAGCAGCGGCACACAAGCUCCGCCUCGCCGACAUCUCCCAUGCAGCCUACGUACUGGCAGCUGUGUGAUGCGGCGGGGCUGAACUCGAUAAUGGCCACGAUGGAAGCCGCACAUCAAGCGCUGCAGGUGGAGACGGACCUAGGCAACCGCGGCGGUUCGACAGCAACAACGACCACAAUCACGGCCUCCGCACACGAGAACAGCAGGAGUCCUUCUGCGGCAGGCGACAGCGGCGGAAGCACGGGUACGGCGCCGGUGUGUGGCGCCCCUGCGGCUUCGUUCCCUUCUCUCCUCUCCUCUGCCGGUGGGGGCGGCGCGUCCGGUAGCGCAGCGCCGGCCGCAUGCGCGUGGACGAACGGGGCGAACGCCUGUGUCUCCACUACCACCGCUUCCGGUGGGGGCGGCGGGCCCGGCGCCACCAGCACCGCCACCUCAGCCACUGCUGCCGCAGUAGCUACACGCUACACGCACAUGCUGCUCAACGCCACACACGUGUCGAGCUUCUUUGGUUCCCAGACGCCCUUCACUGUGGUCGACCCGCUCUCAUCCUCUGCCUUGUACGCACAACUCUUGGCGGUGGGGGCAGUUGAGCUGGACUUGUUGCAGUUCGACGAACCGGCCACGUCUCCCGGCGGCAGCGACAGUGCUACGCCGCUAUCGUCGUCCUCGUCUCAGCAGGAGCUGGAGCGCAUGGCGGCCCGACUCACCGUAUGUGACACAGGCCUUUUUCGUCGGCUUGCCGAGCACCUCCGCCACCACAUCUUCGGCGUCUGGGACAUCGCCAACGAUGGAUCUGGUGCGCUUGUGGCUCCACCACUCUUGCCGGGGCACAACUUGGUGAAUGCUGUGCAGUGCGACGCGGCCCGCCGCACGACGACAGACGUGCGCUAUUGGCUGAACAAGCUGCAGGUGCUCCUCCUCUCACUGCGAGCAGGCAGCAGCACAGCACGGGUGCCCAAUGCGGCGGAGGCGGCGACGUCGUCGGAGUUGGUCACACGUAAGCGGUCGCGAGAGACGAUGAAAGCGGCGGGGCCCGAGACUACAUCCGCUGCAUACGGAAGCGAUAAUGUGAUGUGCGACGCGAAGGCAAUCGACACUCGGCGCGCCGAGCAUCUUGUAGAAGCAGAGUUUCAGCACCGCGUCAGCCUCGCCGCGAGUGAGUGGGACGCAGGCCUGGGUCGACAUCUCUCAAAUGUGGCUCACAAUGAGCAGCACAGCACUCGCUACGAGCACUGGUUCUUGGAUGCCCACGUGUACUACGUCGCGGACAUUGUGGAGGAGCUGGCCACAAUCGAUCAUCCCACCGCGCGCGUGGACUACACAACACCCUUGCAGGUGCCGGCGCGGUGCGGACGUCCGCCAUCGUCGUCGUCCGGCAAGAAGCUCGCUCGCGCAAAGGAGUCUGAGAGAAAGGCCCCUGCAGCUCCAGUGCUGACCCACCACCAACGCGAGGAGGCCAGCGCGUUUGUGAGUCAACGCACCAGUGGCAGCCGUGGUCCUGGCGGUUACAUAAACUCUGCGUGGCGGUCUUUCUUUGCCGCCUCUGGUGCGAGCAGGGCGUCCACACUAUCGACGGCGUCCCCCGUCCUGCAUGGCGUCUCGCCGGCAAAUCCGCGUCAGCAAACCCUCUUAGGCUGCAGCGGCUCCAAGGCAGGCGGCGUGGCAGUCGGCGCCCCACCGCCUCCGUCUUUGACCAUACCCGCUCGGUACGAAUGGCCGCCAAGCGCGCUCGAGCUGCGCAGGCAGGCAUGCAGCCACGUACAUCUGCGUCCGGUGGAGCUACUGCUCCCCUAUGGCGCGGCAGAGGCUUACUACGGCACCGCAGCGGCAUCCACAUCGACACUGGUGCCCUUCAGCAUCCACGACAUGGCGGAGCCGACCGCGGCGCUUCUCGGUCGCGAAAUUCCCCUUCGAUUUCUGAUGCGUCGCUCCGUGCGGGGCUCCUCAACGGGUGAUAAUGGGAAGGCGGAAGAAGAUGUGGGCCACGAGCUCCCCGCCGGCGUGCGCACGACACAAGAGGAGCGUUUUCGCGUGUUCCGGAGGUGGUGGUGCCGCACCCGCAAGGCCGGCGCGUUGCGUGACAGUAUCGCUGGACGCUCCGCGGAGACACUGGAGGAUAUCGUUGGCUUUGGUUGCCUGCUCACCCCGUCAGCGGCCGAAACGCGUAAUGCCACCAGCGGAAGCCCAUGA